AUGCCGGCUAAGCCGGGCAGCCAGGGCGCUAGAGACAGGGCUCAGGCCACCGACAGGUCCCAUUAUGUAAGCCCACACGGGUCGACGGGUCGACGGGCAAUCCCUGGAGAAAAAGGGGCAGCCGUCUUUGGUCCUCCGUGAUCCCUGACCACGGCCAUCGUCGUGCCUGACGCCAUUUGUCUGCCCGCGAGGGGCUCUAUCUAUCUCCAGCAGCUUGCUCACUGUUGGCGGGGCCUUCAGGUCCCUCCUAAAACGCCAAUAUCUGGGAUGGCGUCCGAGUUGACGCCUGGCUCGGCAUUACCGCGCGGCACUGGAAAUGCAUUCAGCCAGACAGUGACCACGCUGAGACGAAGCUAGGUGCCAGCAAUAUACGCAGGAGGGUCUACUGAGGGCUUAGACGUGGUCCCUAUGUCUUGGCGAGAUGCCAUUCGAGAUGGAGACAGCAGUCACAGUCGCAGCCAUGGCCUCUCCGUGGCUACGUCGGCAAGCUGGCUCCCCAGCUCCUCACGCCCGCAAAAGACUUUCAAUUCGGCAGAUCCGGCCAUCUCAGCCCAACAUCCCCGACUCCGCUCAACGCAAGCAUGGACUUUAGGUAGAGCUGUAUGGUCUGAUCUUUAUUCCCCGUCUCGAGUGCGGGGAACGGAUACAAACGGCCGCCUCAGCGGCGUUCUCGUGAGACCUGCUGCGCCUUUUUACACGGCGCAUAACGUCAUUCGAGUUAGAUCAAAUCACCGGCUCUGGAAACCCUAACUAGUGACAUGGCCGCCAGCUGGGCAAGGAUAUUCCCGCAAAGUCGGCUCCGGCGCAGUGGGAUGGAGGAAACGGCCAGGACCGGGGUCGGUGGCUCAACGGAGCGGCGCUUCGAGGCCUUUCAGGAUGCUUCUCGGCCAGAUAAAUCCCCAACCACUUAAAUAGAGGCGCUGGCAGGAAGCGGUCCUAUUUUCGCUGGUCCUCUGGGGUUCGCGCUGUCGACUAUCCUCACGCUCAACGCCGUGGGAUGAGCUCCUAUUGGUUCUGCGAUUAGCUGUAUCAGGCUUAACCGCUCUGGGUGACCUGAUCUGACUCCUCAUGAUACACUCGGCCUUGCAGCCAGUACAAACAUCCCUUUGGCCAGAAGUCAUGGCAACCAACGAUGGGGAAUCUCAGCCAGUGCAGCUCAGUUCGCCUCUCCACGCGGACUGGCAUGAUGUUCCAGACUCGCCAACCAUCUGCUUGAGAUUUCCAAAAUAUCAGGAUAUGAUGCAACCAGAAGGGCCGCCACACGCAUCACCAGCACGAACCCAAUUCCACAGGAGAGCGGCAUCGUCAGAUUUGCCGGGUUCGUCGGCGAGGCCCCCCAGUAGCUGGAACCGCCGUGGCAAUAGAGCAAGGCAGUCCACAUGGCCGCUCCGACAACCCCCGCCACUUCCAACCAUCCCAGACGCUACUGAUCGCUCUCCUCAGCGAUCCCCCGUCUCGGCGUAGGAUCAAGGGACUGUGCCCUGCAUCCGUUGCCAGCGAGUUGGUCGAAGGUGUACAACAAACGACCUGACACCCUGCGUUAGCUAUACAGAGGCACAUGCAGCACACCCGAUGAACCUGCGCAUCCCGUGUUUCAGGGCAUGCCUGAAGGACGUUACUCUCUUCCGGGCCGGCCCCGAGGCCAACAGCACCACGAAGAACGAAGCCUACGGCUCAGCGCCCUCAGCACCGGACUGCCCAACACCACCAAAACGAUCGAGCUUUCCCAAGUGCCCGGCUCCGCAACACUCAGCGUCGUGGUCCAAGAGUUUGUGCCCGAAAAGGUAGACGCCACUUGGUACGGCUGGCGCGACAUCAACGGCGCCCACAGGCGGCUACGAAUGCCUUCCUAUGCGCUCACAUCCCCGGCUGUCACGGAGCGAUCGAUUCAGGCGUACAUCGGCGCCAAUAUGAGCGCCUAUCUUGGCGCAUGCCUUCAGCCUGCAAAUGAUGUGGUGUCUCGAAUUUUUGACAUGGCUGUGAAGAGAGCCAAAGGCGGAAGCAGGCUUCUCCAAGACGUGCUAGAAUUCUGGGUGGCAUCGCGAAUUAUCGAGGACCCCUGGCGUAUAACAGGCCAGGAGACGCUGGGGAUGGAGGAGAUUGUAGACAGGCGCAGCAUGUUCUUCGGCAAGAUCCCCGUGACCCCGAUCAUGGAGACGCAACUAAGCCAGAUUGUGAUCCGGCAGUUCCUCCACCCUCUGCGCCUGCUGCUGCUCCAGCAACUCCAGGCCAGCACCAUAAACGAAGACAGUGUCCCUUUUGCCGAGGUCUUGUGGCCGGUUUUUAUACUUGUUGAACAGCAUUGAGCUCGCAACGGCGUACGAGCGCAAGGCGGCCUCCACAUGUGGGCUCAUGACCCCGUACCGCGGAAGCAGAUAUGGAAAUUAUACACACAUCAACACCCUAUUCCGGGACGCCCAAACACUCAUCGCCCACUACCGGGACAUGUUCGUCUACCACGUCCCGCUCACACGCAUCUUUACCGAAAUGAAAUCGCGGCCUCUGUUGCACGGCCUUGGCGACGACGAGGUGAGGAUAAUGCGCGAUAUUACGAACCACCUUCGCGAGGAAGCCAACACAUACACCCUCCUUAAACAGGAAGACCAAUACGAAAGCUAGCUUUACUGGUGUCAUCAACUAUUUUAUACCAGGUGGGAUCUGGCCCCAGUUGAGGUAUCCGAGACAGUCUGAUUUUACGGCUUGCGAUUUUGGCUCUCGCCCUUCGCAAUUUACAAAUUCCCGUUUCCAAUGUACUUAUUUAUCGGCCAAAUACAUACAUACUCGUCGGAGACAAAUUUACAUCGC